AUGGUUGAUCCCAAAUUGAGUUUAACGACUUCGGUAACUCAUUGGCUCUACAUAGCAGUUCCAAGGCCGAUUCUGAUAUAUGGCAUUUGGUAUACUUGGAUGAACUCAGACUGCUAUGCCGCUGAGGAGCCCCAGGGUAUACACAAUAUGACUACAAUUAUGACGAAUAUAUUUGUGUUCUUGGAUACGACGUGGCCGUAUUAUUUCGUCGCGGAUUAUGUUAAUUUCGUGCUCCAGCGGCUCAAUAUAAAUCCCUACGCCAGCGCUGUCACACUGCUUUCCGCCGCGGAUGCUACAAUAAUGGUCAACACCACGCAUUAUAUGUCGGAGGUCUACGAGAACUGGAACAUCACAACGCAUUCUUGGUAUAAGCCUGGUUUCAGCCUACCACAGAUACUCAAUACCGCCGCCGAAUUAGCGCAAAAUAUAAUGGACGUCGAUCGCAAUACCUCUUCAUUGGGUGGGCGUUCGCUCAUCGCAUUGCUCAUUCCCAGCCCGAUAGCCUAUGUGCCCGACUGGGAUAUGAACUAUGCAUUAAACUUCCUACAAAAGCUCAACUACACAGUGCCCGACCUACAUUUUCUCUACUAUGGCGGCGGUGCGUUAAUACGCUUCAAAGAUCUGGUGCCCAAUCCUCAUGACGACAUCUUUCCACUCGGCGAGGAAUACGGCGUUUGGACGGCAGGAACACCGGUAGUACGACGCAUACGUGAAAUUCCACGACGCUUAGUUAAUCCACGUUGUGGCGCCGCUAUGUACGCCAAUACGGCAGGUGCCAAUGAAAUGGUACAAUAUGUGCGUGCUGGUGCCAUCAAUUUCUACCGCAUUAUGCCGAAUUAUUUCUUCGGUUCGACGAGUUUGCGUUAUCUACGCAUCACACCUCAAAGUCCGGCUUCGUUUAUUGUCUGCAGUUCGCGUACGAUCCCUUUGCCUUAUCGUAAGGAUGGUGCGGAUCAGCCGGAACAAGGCUGUGGCCAGACGGCUGCCACCAAUGGUUACUCGCUGGACUUGAGCGAACUCUGUGUGGGUUAUACGCAAAUCGAGGAUUGUCCGCCGCUGUAUGUUUCCGUGCAGGCCCAACAGUUUAUCAGCAGCAAUGAGUUGUCCUGCACAAAUCCGGCUUGCGAGUUGCCCAAUGCAGCGCAGUUUCUCAUUUAUGUCAACUAUUUAGUCUGCAACACAGCCACGAAGCUGGGACUGACGAGUAGCACUAUUAAAUGGUACACUGACCGCUCUAAAGUGUCGGAAGGCAUUGGUGCAGGUAUCGCAGGAUCACGUGCCCAACUUUCCAAACCUAUGGUUUCCCAACAACAACAACAACAACAAGAGCUGCAGCAGUUACAAAGCGCAUAA